AUUUUAACAGCAGUCUGUUAUCAAACUUACAUGCGCGUGGUUCGGCUACUUCGUCGGCGAACUGCGGCUGUUUUCGUUAUAGCCUAAGCUUUAUAAAUUUAGAAUUUCAAUUAAAUAUUAGACACCGUGCUACAAUAGCUAAAAAGCCGCCGCUACCAUCACGAGUGCCGUCGAGUGACGUCGCUGCCAAAGUCAACGCCAGUCGAGUGCAAAGUGCGAAGCAAAAUAAUCGGCAAAGCCGCCACUCGAGCUUAAUUAAAUAUUUAUAACAAAAAAAAUAUAUAUACAUAUAUAUAUAUAUAUAACGCAGUUAAUAUCAAAAACCAAAGCAUCUUCGAUCGUCUUUCUCUAUUUUGUGCGAAACAUGUGCCGCGUCUAGUUUCUUAGUGAAAAUAGAAAAAACAAAAAAGUUAAAACCGCGCCUCGUUUUCUAUACUCGUGAAUCAUAGAAGGGGAUUUUUUUUUUAUUGUUGUUGCUGCGAUCUCGCGUGGAAAGUUGCAAGUUUGGCACUAACGCCAGUUCCAGCUGCAGCUCCAGCUCCAGGCGCCACAGCAUGUCCAGGCACGGCAUCGUAUUACUGGGCAACAUCGGUCAGCUCCUGAUGUGCCGUUCCAGUCUGCGUCCACUCGAGCGGUGCGGCUGGCGCUUAAAGCCGGUGAGUGCGACUUUCGCAACGCUGCGCGCUUGGCCCGGCAUUGAUCAACAGCAGCACAGAAAUUUUGCCACGGGAACGACUUCAACUGACGACGAUGAGGACAGGCGGAAAAAGCACGAAAAGCACAAAAAACAAUCCCUGGCCAUCGAUGAUGUUUCACUGGAGUACGUGAACGGCAUGCCACAGUUGACAGUUCGCCUGCCCAGCCGCAAUGAGCUAUGCCAGUUCGCCUUGAAGCCCAUCUCGCAUACGGUGGGGCAUCUGCUGGCAAUGCUGAGGGAGGAGGAUCGGGGCAUAGAUCGUGCUGCAAUUAUCAAUAAGCAUGGCGUACGCAUUGCUUCCUCCUGCACCAUCGAGCGUUUGCUGGACGAUGAAUUUAGCAUACAAAUCAAUAAUCGUAAUCUGGAUGUUAAGCCGCCGGAACGUGAAAAGAUCACGAUGGAGAAGAUUGACAAAAUGGACGAUGUGCGCAAGAUUAUAGCACAGCUUUAUGAAGCCUUCAAUGUGGGCGAGUAUCAGCUGGAAAAGAGCAAUGAACUGGCCAAGGAACUGGAGAGUCUGCGUUACGAACUGGAGCCACUCGAAGAGAAAAAAAUGGAACUGGUCAAAAAGGCUGAGCGUCGCACCAACAUGAUGACCUGGGUGGGUCUCGGACUGAUGUCCGUGCAAUUUGGCAUCCUCGCGCGAUUGACUUGGUGGGAAUACUCUUGGGAUAUUAUGGAGCCAGUGACUUAUUUCGUUACCUAUGGCACGACAAUGGCCAUGUACGCCUACUAUUGUGUAACGAAGCGCGAAUAUAUCAUGGAGAAUGUGUACAACCGCGAGUACUCCUUAAAUAUGUACAGGAAUGCCAAGAAAGCGCAGUUUGAUGUCGAGCAUUAUAAUCGGCUGAAGCGCAAGAGCGCGGAAUUGGAGUACAAUCUGAGUCGCAUCAACGAUCCCAUCAAUAUGAAGCUGCCAGCCCAUUUGGUGCGCACCCAGCUGGACGCCCCGCCCAUCGAAGAGAGCAAUGGAUUGGAAAAGAGUAAAGAGAAGAGUACUUAAGAACCUCAAGGUGCCACCACCCUCGUGCUACCCACAGACGUCCGCAACAAACGAGUUGCGAGAACACAUGUAAAGAUUGAAAGUGAUAGCCUGGGAGAGAGCGGAAAGCUGACGCAGCCACCUAUGCAAAAUGAAACUCAAAUUAACAUUUAAAAAACAUGCGCUCGCUUUAAAUCAUUCAACUCAGUCAUUUAGUCAAAGUUUUUGUUUAGUGAUCGAAAUUAUAGUCAACGCUUAUACACAAAUUUAUAUAUAUAUACAUAUAUAUAUUACUAUAUUUUGAUAUGUUCUGCUCUUGUAUCCUUUUCUGUUAACUGAAUGUUUAGUUAGUUAUGUUUAAUUUGUAGCCUAAGCCCAAGCUUGAACGGGCCAACAAAUGCGCACAAAAUCAUUUCACAAAUGA